AUGUCACUAGACCCGAAGUACGCAGACUUACCAUGGAUUGCUCACGGACAACCAGAUGUCUACGAGGCUGGGGAGCUCCCGGAAGCAGAUCAAAUGAUGAAGGGAACCGUCGAGGAUACAAUGUCGGCUAGAGAAAUAGAAGUUGUUAAACUAUCAGUAUCAGAAGCACAUAGACGGUUUGCUGGCUGUAAGGUUGAUUCUUCAAACGUUGACUUUUCCGACUCAAUAUCUGGGAAUGGUAAAAUUGGAUAUGCAAUAGAAAUGGAUCAGUAUGAUUUUUUUUCUCCCGAGUCAAAGGACAAAGAAUCACUUGUGAACAGAUUCCAACGUCUGCAGACUGAGACGCAUCAGUUAAUUAGUGACAUACAAUCUGUAUCAGACCAAAAUAAUCUAAACCCGAAAGAACCUAUUUCUACUGCCCAACUACUGUCGUGCGCAGAAAUGUUAUCUGAGAAGUUAACAACGAUUAACCGUGACGAAUUGUCUACGAUAUGCGCGGACUCAUCUGAUACUGUCGGUCAAACGUUGCAUAGUAAAAUUUUGAGACAAAUUGACGAGUUCAAACCGGAAAAACCAGCUUCUAGAAGUCCAAAGAAGUCAAAUCAUCUAAUCUACGAAAUAUAUGACCGAAAGAGCUCUAUCCAGCAAUCAGAUGCUGAAAAAGUGGCGGAUAUCGAUCGUCGGAUUCAUCGUAUCGAAGCUCUUAUUGGCCAGCCAGAUCCUAACAAACUCACAGCUCUAACAGCAGAUACAACUACUCAUGGUCUUCUAGAAGCGUGUUCGCGUCUGUCCGCUCGUUCGUCGUUAUUUCAGCAGGGAUAUCUUGAUAUGAUCGAAGCUCGCUUAACAUCAUUGCAGGGGAAGUUACAAGCUGUUACUGAAAAGCGAGAGGCUAUCGCGGACUAUGAUAUACAAAAUAAAAUCGCAGAACUUUACGAACUGGUAAAGAAAUGGAAUGAUGUGGCCGAAAGUCUACCUGUGAUUGUAGAACGACUUAGCACCCUAAAAUCACUACAUGAAGAAGCAUCUCAAUUUAGCCAAUCUCUGUGUACAAUAGAAUCAAGUCAAAAAAAUGUGGAAGGAAGUUUAUCUUCGUAUACCAAACUUUUAGAAGAGGUACAAAACAAUGUUAUCAAGAACAUGGAGGUUAUAAAGGACAACUUCACCACCAUAGAAUCACAUUUUCCAAUUAGUUCUAAAUAA